AUGACCACGAGCACGACCACCUCCCCAUCUCCCUCUACCAACAAGAAUGGCAGCACCUCGAUUCUCCAAGUCACCAAAAGACCAUGGAAUGAAAGAGGCAAGGCGGAUCACGGCUGGCUGUAUUCCUUCCACACCUUCAGCUUUGCGAACUACUACGACCCGAAAUACGAGUCCUUUGGACCUCUCCGCGUGAUCAACGAAGAUCGCGUAGAACGCGGAACAGGUUUCGGCACGCACGCACACGCCGAGUUUGGUAUUUGGAGCUACAUUGUCCACGGCGAGCUCGAACACAAAGACAGCAUGGGCAAUCUAGAGAAACUGCGAAGAGGCGAAGUCCAAUUCACGAAUGCGGGAACAGGAAUUCGUCAUUCCGAAUACAAUCGCAACCAAAACGAAGACUGCCAUUUUUUGCAAAUUUGGGCUAAGCCCAAUGUGCGAGGUCUCACGCCUUCGUAUUGUACGAGAAAGUAUCCGGAUGAAUUGAAACAGGACAGACUGGUGCGGAUUAUGGAGGCCAAGGAGAGACAUGGUGGCAAAGAGGGUGAUACGGAACCGAUUGAAAUCUAUGCCGAUGUCAGUAUGGAUGCGUCGAUUCUUUCGCCGGGAAAAAGCGUCGAGCACGAGCUGGUCGCCCCCGGGAAGAGAAAUGUCUAUCUGCAUUUGGUGAUGAGUGAUAGACAGCAGCCGAAGACGGGCGGCGCGAAGAUUUCCGUGGGGGGUACUGUGCUCGGUGAGGGCGACGGAGCUUUCAUCAAGGCAGAAGGCCCAGGAGUGGUUCAAGUCGAAAGUGUUGGAGACUCACAGGCUGAAUUCCUCCUGUUCGAUAUGGGCCAGUAA